AUGGGUAUUGCUGUAAGUACCUGGUGCGUGGUCAUAAGACAUGUUGUCUAUAUCUACUUGCUGAAGCCUCGACAGAAUCCCUCGGUUGAUCCGGCAAACGUGGUGCAAUCGCUUGUAUACAUUCUCUCGGGAGUGUUUGAUGCUACUAGGGAUUUAUACCGCACUUUAUCAUUGAAGGAGCAGAGGGAAUAUGAACAGAGCCUCAGGAGCUACUCGAGAAGAGCCGAAUAUGUCUCGGAUGAGAGGUUGGGCAGCGAAGAAGCUAUCAUGACAGACAAGUCGGCAAUGGUCCGGCAGUUUGAGAUUGGAUAUCACGCAAUGGGCACCGAGUUUGCUAUGGGUGAUGUGACUGCGCAGACGGAGCUCCAGUGGCAGAUUAUCGCCCUGCAGAGCGUGCUGGUAAGCACUGCCAUAUAUGGACCUGUGUCAUCGGACUCAGCGGCUCAUCAAUUAUCGAAUAUCAACGCGGCUUCGAGAGCAGCAGCAGCGAGAUCGAUUGAAGUCUUGAUUGCACUACAGGACCGGCAGAUGGAUGAGCGCCCGGUUACACCGCGGUCGAUGCAUUCAGUUACUACAACUCGUUCGAGCCCGCAUCAUGCGCCUUCGCAUGUGGCCUCUCAUUUAACGUCCCAUUCGACCAGCCAUGCACCUUCACAUGCGCCUUCUCACCACAGCUCUUAUGCGCCGUCUUUCCUGCCGUCCAAAACACCUUCCCAAGCGCCAUCUAAAGUACCAUCCCAGGUACCAUCCAAGGUACCAUCUCAUGCACCGUCGAGAGCUACAUCAAAAGCACCGUCCAAAGCACCUUCGCACGCAGUAUCCCAAGCACCAUCGCGGGCCCUAACACUUCCUCAGCCACCCAUUGGUCCCAACUCGGCUACCACCGUAACUGUCAAGCACGAUGAACCCGUACACGUAAGAACCAACAGCCCAGUUAAUACCACAAUCCUCGAUUGGCAAAGCAAAGUCGAGCCCGAGCCCUCCGUCACCGAAAGUACCUCCACCACUGUCCCCUCCCACCCAGGUCACCUCUACUGUCAAUACGCCUACGACCUCCAGCGCGACCCCACGCAGCCCCUGCACCCCACGCUCCUCACCACCAAAGACGCACGCUGCCCCCACUGCGCAGGCUCCCUACACCUCUCCCCAGGAAAAGCCUGGGAAAUUUCCAAAUGGGCCGGCGAUACCGAACGCACCUUCCAAGUCUCCAACCGCUUCGUAGUAAAAUGCCACCGCGACGGGCCCGACGCGCAGUACUGCUGCGUUAUUUGCUCCAAAUACUCGGAUUCCGACACUAUUUGUGGGGACGUUAAGGCGCUGGUUAAGCAUCUUUCGGAUGAGCAUGAGGUUAGGGAGUUAAAGCAUGAGGAGGAUAUUGUCGAGGUCAUUGAGCAGGUUGUGGUGAUGGGGAAGAGGGAUAGUGGUGUGGGUUACGCUGGUGGGGGAGCGGCGUCAAGGGGGAGUAGAAGUCGUAGGAGUGCGAGUGUGGUGUCAGGGAAGGGGAGGAGGAGGAAGAGUUUGGGGGUUUUGGAGAGGGAGAUUGAUGUUUUUGAAGUGAGGAGUGGGAGGAGAUGA